AUGGAUGAAAAUACGGUCCCCCCGAUCUGUGAAAUGGAUGAAGAAUUGGUGGAGCAGGAGGAUGUUGUCAGGUAUUGUCCUUUUUCAGCACAGCCUGUGUUUGAUUUCCCGGAUCUGAUCUGUACUUGUGAAUGGCUAUCCUAUCCGUGCACUGUACACUUAAUAAAUUUGCUUGUUUCUUUCCCCGAAAGCCAUUUAUUGGACCGGGCAUGA